AUGGACAGACCAGAAAGUAAUAAACGACAAUUAGGAAGAUGUGAAUAUAAAUGGGAUGUGCAUAGUCCUGAAUUUUCAUGUAUGGAGUCAAAACCCCCUAAAUCUCUAGAGGUUACAACUGAUGGGAAACCCAAGAUAAUUGAUAUAAUUGAUACAACAGGCAGUGGUGAUGUAACUACGUGUACCGUUGUGGAACCUAAAGAUGGGGAAAUUGCUGGUCUUUCUGGAAGAACUUUAAAGAUUCCAUCAAACUGGGUAAAUCCUUCAGGCAGAUAUCACAUUGGCAUAAAAAAUGGCUAUGAUAUCUAUCCUAAAGCCCUUAAGGAGAGGAUUCAGAAAGAACGCAAGGAAAAGCUCUGGGAUCCUAUUCACAGACUGGCUCUAGCAGAGGCCUGUAGGAAACAAGAAGAAUUUGAUGCUGCUCACAGCUCUCCCUCCCAGGCAAAUAAGCUAAUAAAGGAAGAGCUUCAAAGUCAAGUGGAACUAUUGAAUUCUUUUGAGAAAAAAUACAGUGAUCCUGGCCCAGUAUAUGAUUGUCUAGUAUGGAACGAUGGUGAGACCUGGAGAGCCUGCAUAGACACGAGUGAGAGUGGUGACUUAAGUAGUUGUAUGGUACUGAGAACCUACAAAGAGGCUCAGGAAUAUGGAUCUUUUGGAACAUCUGAGAUGUUGAAUUAUUCUGUGAAUAUAUAUGAUGAUGGAAACCUUCUUUCCAUUGUGACAAGUGGAGGAGCACAUGGAACACACGUGGCUAGUAUUGCAGCUGGAUACUUUCCAGAAGAACCAGAACGAAAUGGUGUGGCUCCUGGAGCCCAGAUUCUUGCAAUCAAGAUUGGCGAUACGAGACUAAGUACAAUGGAAACUGGCACUGGUCUCAUAAGAGCUAUGAUAGAAGCAAUAAAAUACAAAUGUGAUCUUGUCAACUAUAGCUAUGGAGAGGCAACACAUUGGCCAAAUUCUGGGAGAAUUUGUGAAGUGAUUAAUGAAGCAGUGUGGAAACACAAUGUAAUCUAUGUUUCAAGUGCAGGAAAUAAUGGCCCUUGCCUUUCUACGGUAGGAUGUCCUGGUGGGACUACAUCUAGUGUAAUAGGUGUUGGUGCCUAUGUAUCGCCUGAUAUGAUGGUUGCUGAAUACUCUUUAAGAGAAAAACUGCCAGCAAAUCAAUAUACUUGGUCAUCCAGAGGGCCUAGCACUGAUGGAGCCCUUGGAGUAAGUAUCAGUGCCCCAGGAGGUGCUAUUGCUUCUGUUCCAAACUGGACUCUGCGAGGAACACAACUCAUGAAUGGCACAUCCAUGUCUUCUCCCAAUGCGUGUGGGGGCAUUGCAUUAGUAUUGUCAGGACUCAAAGCUAAUGAUAUUCAUUACACUGUUCAUUCUGUCAGAAGAGCUUUAGAAAAUACUGCAGUGAAAGCUGAAAACAUAGAAGUAUUUGCACAAGGACAUGGUAUUAUUCAGGUUGAUAAAGCCUAUGACUACCUCAUUCAGAACUCAUCAUUCACCAGUAACAUAGGCUUCACAGUUACUGUCGGCAGCAACCGUGGAAUCUACCUCAGAGAUCCUGCCCAGAUAGCUGCACCUUCUGAUCAUGGGGUGGGCAUAGAACCUGCCUUUCCUGAGAAUACAGAGAACACCGAAAGAAUAUCUCUCCAGCUUCAUUUAGCUUUAACUUCAAAUGCACCGUGGGUCCAGUGUCCUAGUCAUUUAGAGCUUAUGAACCAGUGUCGACACAUAAACAUUCGUGUGGAUCCACGUGGCCUGAGAGAAGGACUACAUUAUACAGAGGUGUGUGGAUAUGAUAUAGCAAUGCCUAAUGCAGGCCCUCUCUUCAGAGUUCCAAUAACUGUUGUUAUACCAACAAGAGUAGAUGAAUCAUCAAGCUAUGACCUGACAUAUACAGAUGUUCAUUUUAAACCUGGUCAAAUCCGAAGGCACUUCAUUGACGUUCCACAGGGAGCUACGUGGGCUGAAGUGACAGUAUGUUCAUGUUCAGCUGAUGUGACUGCCAAGUUUGUGCUUCAUGCUGUUCAGCUAGUCAAACAGAAAGCGUACAGAAGUCAUGAGUUCUACAAAUUUUCUUCCUUACCAGAAAAAGGAUCUGUGACUGAAGCAUUUCCUGUCUUGGCUGGAAAAACCAUUGAAUUUUGCGUUGCUCGGUGGUGGGCAAGCCUGAGCGAUGUUAGCAUUAAUUACACAAUUUCUUUCCAUGGUGUACUUUGCGCUACUCCUCAGCUAAACAUGCAUGCUUCAGAAGGCAUUGUACGAUUUGAUGUUCAGUCCUUGUUGAAGUAUGAAGAUAUUGCUCCAUGCAUAAAUCUGAAAAGCUGGGUUCAAACGCUCAGGUAG